AUGGCUAUCUAUAAUCCGCUCGAAGCACAGCAAACUGCUGGAAGAGAUGGAGAAAGGCCUGACGAAGAUCAGAGUCUUCCAAUUGAGCAUGACGGCCGCCAGAGUCCAAGUCUCAUCUUCAACCCAUUCUACACUGGCCGGCCCAGGAGCCCUGCAAACGGCCGCAGCCAUACGCCUGUUGACAGGAACGAGCUGAUAAAGCGCAUAAAGAGCCGUGACAGUAGACCGAGCUCACCUGAGCUUGAACGCGUCAGUGGUGGGCAGAGCAGGAAAUGGAGGUCCCCGUCACCUGAACGUCCUCGCACACCAGAGAAGUUGCCGGACAACGAGGCGAUGGGUAUGCAGAUCGAGAGACCACGAUCUGCAUUGCAUCGCGGCGACUUCCGAGAGAAGGAUGAUGCUGGCCUAGCUUUUGAGCGAUUCGGCCAGCAGCAAAAUGAAGGGCUCGCACCAUCGCUAUCCACAUCUCCUGUUGCGCCGUGGCACCCAGACUUUCCUGCUGCUGUCUUUCGCCAAUCCAGACCGCAACACAACCGCCUGACGAGUCCGCCACGUCCAUCCGCCAAUGCAGCAGCUCGACCUCGGGCGACAUCACAGGCUACGCUCGCCGCAAGCUUCUCUUAUCAACCACCUACUAGUCCUCUCGUACAGUCCUCGAGACCCGAUACGCCCGAGCCUGGUACUCGGCGUACAUCUCGCAGCCCAGACAAGUCGCGUAGGCAUACCUUCUCGCCGCCUUCCUUCAAACACGCACAAACGUCAGUCGAAUACCCGGCAUCUGCAUGUAAUCUCGGCGGUAACAACCAAACAUUACGUGCUGGGAAAAUAUUUCCAUACCAGGCGCAUCAACCUCGCAGGUCAGUGCACUCCUUCCAAAGUCUACCUCAUACGCCUGUGCCAAGAUUGCGGAGGCCUUCACUGGCCGAAGCAGGUCUACAACAUGCACCCAUGGUAGGCUCAUACGAAGAAUCCAUACUACGUGGUCGUAUGUCUACCACACCAUCGAAGCCACUCAACUUCGUGGCGCAGAUUGGUGUGCUUGGCAAGGGCGAUUGCCCGCCAAAGCUGAGAUGUCCACCGCAUGUUACGGUGCCGUUUCCUGCUGUCUUCUACAGCUAUGCUUCUGGAUCAACUAUGACUGACCAACCGAGUCCCUAUGUCGGCAUGGUCGACCUCGAGAACACUAUCCCAAGUGCAGACAUAUCACCUGAGAGACGUCGGCAGCAGUUGAAUCGUGUCCUGAGUGCAGAGAACAGUCGAAGUUCGUCACGCACCCGCGAGGAAGAGUCGGCAGCAGGUGCCAAAGCACGAAAGCGACAGCGAGCGAAGUUAAAACGAAGGUCUGGUUCGCCAAAGGCACCUCCAGGAGGAAGCUACCGCAUACCGCAGCAAGGACAGCUUCAAAUCAUCAUCAAGAAUCCGAACAAGACUGCAGUCAAAUUGUUUUUGGUGCCUUACGAUCUCUCAGACAUGGAGCCAGGGCAGAAGACGUUCAUACGGCAACGCAGCUACAGUGCUGGACCGAUAAUAGAUAUGCCACUCACAUCUCGCAAGAAUCUUGGUACAGAUCGACCAGAGGCUUCACUCAGUGCUAGCGAUGAUCCAAACGAGCGUCCAAUGCUGCGAUACCUGGUCCAUCUUCACAUCUGCUGCCCAGCAAAAGGCAGGUAUUUCCUGUACAAAUCCAUACGAGUUGUCUUCGCCAAUCGUGUACCUGAUGGCAAGGAGAAGUUACGCAACGAGACACAGCUGCCGGAACCUAGAUAUAGCACAUACAAGCCGACCAGAGACAGCAAUGCUGUCAAUACGAGCAGUGCGACACCGAAGCCCGCUGCCGAAAUCGUAGACGAUCAUAACAGAUACCAUACACAUGAGACGUGGUCGCGGCCAAAGUACCAUAUCGCGCAAUCACUCCCAGCCAUGGAGUAUGGGCACAACAUGAGCCAACCAAUGCAACCAUUGCCCUUCCACAUCGAAACUCUGUCACCUCUGGACUCUCGUCCUGCCAGCCGAUCACAGAUGAGCCCAAUGAGUACAGAAAAUGAUUCUCAAUGGUCAGAGUCGACAACACUAUCACCGGGCUCUCGCAUGGCGGAGUCUGCUCAACUAGCUAGUAUACGGAAGCUUGACGACCCUUUCAGUUUCGAACGUGACCGCAGUCGAGAGCGGCAGCCUGGAGCUAGAAGUGAGGGCCUGCUCUCUAAACGGCUGAAGGACCUUGCCUUUCAGGUGCAGAGGGAUGAGGCAGGCAGGGAAGAGGUUUGA